AUGAUUUCUGGAUGUGGCUGUGUAACCAACAAAACUCCGCUGUUAUUUCAGACAUCUCUUGCAGGUUCAUUUCCAUCUUCACUAUGGCAUUCAAAACUCAGAUUGAACACCACUAAAAGGGCUCCAUUAUUUCCUUGUGUAAAGUGUGAAAAAACAGAUGAUGAGAAAGAGAAACCAUCUUUUGAGAAACUAUCUGUUGAGAGGGCCCCAUAUCAUAGUUACAAAGACUCAAUAUCCGGGCAGGUUGAGCCAGCUUCAGGUGCCCGGGCAAGUAUCCUCGGGCAGGAUUAUUUACCAGAGGGCACAGUCGGUCAAGCCCGGGCAGCCGGUGCCCCUGGGCCCACUGACACAUCAUCUGUAGCUCCAUCUUAUGGUCAAAAUCCAGGAAGCAGAAGGAAAAUGAAAAUGUACAACAAGUCCUCCUCAACAACUCCUGCUUCCAAUUCCACUGAAACAAAUACAGUUUCAGAUCAAGAAGACGAUUUGAGUGAAGAUUUAGAUCUUGAUUUGACUGAAGGAUUUGAAGAAUCAAAAGACGAGUUUUCUGACUUUGUGGUUUAUCAAAAGGAAUCUGAAAUGGAGAAGUUAAGUGGAUAUGAACUCGACAAAAAGAUUGGAAACCCUCACCCUUUUAUUGAUCCUCAAAAGAGAAAACCAAUUAAGGAGCCUCUUACAAGUGAAGAGUUAUGGUGGAAUUGGAGAAAACCAGAUAAAGAACAAUGGUCCAGGUGGCAGAAGAAACGACCCGACGCUGAAACAGUGUUUCUCAAGGCCAUGGCAGAAACCGGUCAAAUUAAGCUUUUUGGUGAAGAGCCAACUUUGACUGAAACUGCUCUUUACAGAGCUAGAAAGCAUUUAUAUAAAGAAGAAAGGCUGCAGGCUGAACGUGAGAGAUUGCAGAAAGAAGGUCCAUUAGCAUACUAUUCAGAAUGGGUGAAAGCAUGGAAAAAGGACACAUCACGUGAAGCUGUUGAAAAACAUUUUGAAGAAACUGGAGAAGAUGAAAACACACAGUUGAUAGAAAUGUUUUCAUGUCAAACAGCUGCUGAAUAUCGCAUAAUGAUGGGAACUGAUCAUCGGAUUUCAAGAGAUCCAUUGGCUAUGAGGAUGAGAGAGGAUCAAAUUAAGCAAAUAUGGGGUGGAGAUCCGGUUUAUCCAACAGUGAAUUAUAUCCAAGAUCCAGAUCAAGUGAUUGAUUUCAGAGGCCCUGAUUUUCAUGAACCUACACCUAAUAUUUUAGCUUAUUUGCAAGAGAAUGGGAAUAUAACAUCGAAGGAGGAAAUUGAUAAAAUAUUGGCCUCAGAGAAGGUUGAAAAAGUAAAGGUAAAAUCACCGGUUUCUGAUGAUGAAGCUAUGGCUAAAGCUGUUGAUAUUGGUGAAAAGGAGGAUAGUGAUGAUGAGGGAAAAUUUGAGGAUGAUGAAAAUAUUACACGCAAUUGGAGUGUAUUGAAAACUACUCCCGAGCUUCGCAAAUCAAAGCCAAAACCUACAAAAGGGAAAGGAUAUUGGAACAUAAUUUUUGUGAGAUGUGGUGUGGAUACUUUUGAUAGAUGAGUUGUCUGUGGGACCGGUUGGUGUGGAUACUUUUGAUAUUCCAUUAUUUGAUAAUUGUACAAGAUUCAUUUUUAUAAUGGAAGAUUUUGUUGUUGUAGAUUUAGAAUAUCAUCCAUGUAGAAUGCAACAAUUUAUUCAUAAAAAGCAUGUUAAAUAAGUAGUUUUUGAUAAAUUGUAUACAUAAUUUGUCAAACACAAAAAAUGAUUUAUAGACUUAUUGUAUUUUGGUAC